UAUAAAAGAAUAAUUAGAACAAUUCUAUCUCAAAAUGUAUUUUCUCAAACCAAAAAGAAAAAAAAAAGUCAUCAAAAUUAUGUGUUAAAGGGUAAAAUAGUAAAUUAGUGGCAAAUUCAGAGAAAAUCCGAGGGAAUUUAUGAAGGCAAGAACUGUACAAGUAAAGAACCUGUCAGAUCUAGCAAGUGAGAGGGAGAUUCAUGAGUUCUUUUCUUUCGCUGGUGAUAUUGAGCACAUUGAAAUCAAAGGUGAACCUGGCCAAUCAAAGACUGCGUAUGUUACAUUCAAGGAUCCAAAAGCUCUUGAAAUCGCGUUGUUAUUAUCGGGGGCGACAAUUGUUGACAAGAUUGUGACAAUAAUUUGUGCUGAAAAUUAUGUACCUAAACCUGAGAUUCAUGAAGCAAGAAUGGCUGUCAACAUUGUGUCUAUUACUCCUGGGCAUAGUGCACCAAUUGACAAGCAGGGUAGGACUAGUCCACCUAGCAGUGGAAGAAUGUAUGUUAGUAGAGCACAAGAUGUUGUUGCAAGUAUGUUGGCCAAAGGUUCAGCCAUACGACAAGAUGCAGUUAACAAAGCUAAAGCAUUUGACGAGAAACAUCAGUUGACAGCCAAUGCAUCUGCCAAGGUUAUUUCCUUUGACCAGAGAGUUGGACUGACAGAGAAAUUGACCGUGGGAAUUUCAGUGGUUAAUGAGAAAGUAAAGUCUGUGGAUCAAAGGCUGCAGGUAUCAGAUAAAACAAUGGCAGCAAUAUUUGUGGCAGAGAGGAAAAUAAAUGACACGGGAUCAGCUGUGAAAUCUAGCAGGUACGUAACUGCUGGGACAGCUUGGCUUAAUGGCGCUUUCAGCAAGGUUGCAAAGGCUGGGCAGGUUGCAGGUACAAAAACCAGAGAAAAGUUCAAUCUAGCCAUGUCAAACUUGACUGCCAAGGACCCAAUUGCAGUAUAAGUCUGAAAUUUGAGGUCUUAAGGUAUCAUCUUUUGGAUCCUUGGUUACACAUUCAUUGAAUGGCAUUGUUACACCAAUUCCGGAAAAGGUAUUGAGAACUGGGGAUCUAGAUGCUUGGGGUGGGAAGCACCAAGUUGUUCAUUUUUGGCUUUGUCGUGUGCGCAUACGCGAUACAAUGUUCUAUUUUAUUUUAUUUUUUACAAUAUAUUUUGAUCCCUACGGGUGUUGUGUCUAUGAGUUGCUUUUAAUUUUAGAGCUUGUGACAUUGCUCUCAACUCAGAAGGAAGCUGAAAUUGAUGUUACCUUUGUGCUCAUUGACAAUUCGAUUUUGUAUUUUUUCCCCUUGAAAAAAAAAAAAGGCAGAAAUUGCAUUGAUAUGUUGGAAGUUUCAUGCUGCUAUCAACCCUUUUGCAAACCAGGAAAAGAUUUGACAAAAAACACAAAAUAAAACAAUCAUAUUCACCCUUACAGGCAAUACUAACAGCCUGAAAGAUC